AUGGUGGGAUUAUGGGGACAAGGAGGUAUAGGGAAGACAACCUUGGCGAAAGCCCUAUACAAUUCUACUUUAAGACAAUUUGAGGGUUCAUGUUUUCUAGCAAAUGUUCGAGAAACAUCAAAAGGUUGCAAGGAUCUAGUUACUUUGCAAGAAAUAUUAUUAAAAGAUACAUUAUUACUGCAUCAAAGAUUAGAAGUGUGCAAUGUUGAUAAAGGUAUUGAUAUAAUACAACGCAGACUUGGUCACAAGAAAGUUCUCCUCAUCCUUGAUAAUGUGGAUGACUUGCACCAGUUAGAUGCUUUACCAAGGGAAGGCAAGUGGUUUGGUAAUGGGAGUAGGAUCAUUAUUAUUACAAGAGACAAACAUGUGCUGACUUGUCAAGGGAUAGAUCAAGAUCAUGUUUAUGAAGUUGAAGCACUAGAUGACAGUCAGGCUUGUGAGCUGCUUAGUAAGCAUGCUUCUCUGAUGCACCAAAUCAGAAUAGAUCUAGUAAAUGGGGCUCUAAAUUAUGCUAAAAGUCUUCCUUUAGCACUCGAGGUGUUGGAUUCCUUAUUUUGUGGUGAAACAAAAGAUGUAUGGGAAAGUACAGUAAUGAAACUUUCUAGGAUUCCCAACAAAAACAUUAAUGACGUGCUCAAAAAUAGUUGUGAGGGACUAGAUGAAAAUGAGAAAGAAAUCUUUCUCCACAUUGCCUGCUUCUUUAGGGGGUGGAACAGGGAGCAUAUAAAGAAAAUUCUUGAAAGUUGCGAUCUUGAGACAACUGUAGGAUUUGAAAUUCUUGUAAAGAGGUCCUUGAUAAGAAUUGAGUCCGACAUCGUAGAAAUGCAUGACUUAAUUCAAUUGAUGGGUAAGGAUAUUGUGAAUCAAGAAUGUCACGAUGACCCCAGAAGACGCGGCAAACUAUGGUUGUAUAACGAUGUUGACGAGGUUCUAUCACAUGACAAGGAAGAUUGUGCUGUAAAAGCCAUAGUGUUGAGGCUACCUAAGUGGACAGAGAUGUGUAUCCAUCCCGAUGUUUUUACAAAAAUGAGAAGGUUGAGAUUGCUCAUCUUGAGAAACCUGCAGGAUUGUUUCCAAGGUCCUUUAAGUCUUCCUAAGGGGCCUAGUUGGUUUGCAUGGCCUGAUGUGCUCACCGGCUUACAGAAUUUUCCUCUAGUUCAAAGAAAUUAG